AAGAGAUCCACCCGACAGGAUCACAGGAACAAAAAAAAAAGUUCUGAAGAAAAUGAAAAACAAAAAUGGAGCUUUUUGUGCAGAUGUUCUGAUAGGGGAUCCAAUUAGGGUUUACCGAAAAACACACUUGAGUGAUAAAACAUCUGAGAUUGACGGAAUUGGAUAAAGUUCCCGCCAAUCUAUUUCUUCCGGGAUACAUAUAUGAAGGUGUUGGCAUGAAACACUGUAUAGGAUUGGAGGAAUAAUUAAUAAUCAGAAAAAUGACUAGGUUGUCUUUCAGGCCCCGGCCACUUGACAUCCACAAGAAGCUCCCCAUUGUUAAGUCUGUUAAGGACUUCGAAGAUGACGAGGCACCUACUUCUACUCGUAAUUCACAGUUGCUGCGAAUUGCUACUGAGGUUGAGCAUGAGGUACAUCCUGUUCCCAGCAGGAGAGUGGCCUCUGAAAUCCCUACUCCUCAGUUUGUUGUUGUGGAUACAUAUGAAAGGGACUAUUCUUGCACUUUUGCUCAACCAAAUUCUUACUUGCGGGCAAGAGGAGCUCGGGCUGAGAUUGGAGAGUUUGUUGAGUAUGACUUGGACAAUGAAGAUGAGGACUGGAUUUUUGAGUUUAACAAGGAAAAGAAGAUUCUGAUGCCUGAAAUGUUUGAGGCUCUUCUUUUCAAGCUGGAGGUAUUGGAUCAUAAGGCUCGUGAAAGGGCUGGAGUUAUAACACCUACUCAUGGUUCACCAAUUCCAGUGCUACUACGGCUUGAUGGUGCUAUUGAGGCCCUACAAGCUCAGUCAAAAUAUACAGUUAUUGAAUCGGUAUAUGGUUACUGGAAAGAGAAGCGAGAAAGGUGGCAAAAGCCAAUUUUGCGACGUUUGCAGCCCCCUCCACCUUCUAAUGACACCAACCCAUAUAAUGUCUUUCGUCCUAGGGAAAAAGCCCACAGGCUUCACACAAGAAGGAUGCAACGAAGAGAAAACAAUGUCCAGUCAUUUGAGAAGCUUCGCCAGGUUAGACGGAACCUUGAACAAGCUAAGAGCUUGGUGCAGGCUGUGAUCAAGAGGGAGGAGAAAAAGAGAGAAGUAAUGGAUAAUGAAGUUAUGCUGCAGAGGAUACAAAUGAAGUAUAAGCAUGAAACCAAAUUUUUGGAAGACAGCUUAGCACUCUCGAGACUCACUCCCUACUCAUCGAAGUUUGUUUCAAGUGAGGAGGAGUUCUUCGAGUCAGACAAUAUGAUGACUAGCCAUCCUCAUUCAAGGCCUUCAGUAGUACAGAUUCAUCCUUCAUAUGAUGCCAACCCGGCCAUGCUUCCUGCAGCUUUUUCAAAGCAAGAGUUUAGGAGGCAACAUGUUCCACAAGGCUGGCCUCAAAAGUUGGAUCCUCUUGAGCAAGUUUUGUUGUUUACAAAACCUUUACUUCCGGACAAGUUGCAUAUGGCAGGCAUUGUGCCACCAUCAGAUACUUUAAGAGAUAAUAAUGGGGUGCCAACAAGAGCAUAUAAAUUCCAUGGAAGAAUUGGCAGAGGAGGCCGUAUAAUAUUUGACAGAUGGAAUCCACUUAUGCAGACCCCAAUUGACUCUGGAAAUUCUUAUUAUAUGCCACCAAAACCAAGACCUUCAUUCAACAUGUAAUUAAAGCUGUGUUUGUCACACUAUUGUAGCUAAAUUUGAUUUGAUGUGCUGCCAGAUAGGAAUUCAGUUGAUAUUUGAUAAAAUCAUUAGGAGGGUACAGGGUAGCAAGGAUAAUUGUAGGUGUAAAACAUGGUGGGUUUGGUUCAACAAGAAUUUAAUUGGGUAGGAAGUUAUGCAUUCUGUAUAAUGUUACAAAUGUAUUUCUCUCUGUCCUUCCAGACCUCAUGAAUAUUUCCACUUGGAAAAAAAUGUAAUAUAUUGUCUGAAUAAAAAAAUAGGUGAAAUACAAACAUAGUUUA